AUGAAGCAGAAGGAGAAUUCAUACUUUGUCGUUAUUUUGGGCUGCUUUCUGGCACUCAGCUGGUUUGUUGGGUUUCUUCUCCUGCAGAACAAUGCAGGAUGGGUGGCUUCUGUGCUCCUUCAUCUUUCCUCUUCCAUUCUUCUAUUUGGAAUAUUCCCUCUCCUCUACUCGAGGUGCAAGUACAGCAUUCCGUGCUUUCUUUUCUACAAAACGAGGCUCCAGCUGUUUCUCACAGGAGUGGUCAUUCUCUGGCCCUGGCCCAAGUACCAGAUACCUGGCGUGUGGGUUGUUGUCUUUUCUGCGCUUUGUGUAAGAGUUCUUCUUCUCAUCCUCUACUCCAUAACAAAAAGAAACUUGUUCAAAGACUUCAGCACGGGGCACAACCUGGAAGUUCUUCAGCUGGAGAAGUACCUUCUCUACGCAAGCAACAAAAUUACGCAAGCAGAUCUUCAGUACGAUCUGACAAUUGACGUGUUUUACAAAAAAGGAAGGCCUCAAGAGCUUUCCUCUUUGGACAUUUUCAAAAAGUGGAGGAGAACAGAAGAGACAGAAGGCUCGGUCAUGGAGGAGUAUGGAUACGGCCUGGGAGAGAGCCUUAGAAUCCCGAACAGACCGCGUCUUACGCCUGUGAUGGAUGAAGUCGAAGGAUCGAUCUCUGUGGCCUCGCUUCUUAACGAGUUUUCGCCAGAAGAUGCAAACAAUUUGUUCUCUCUGAUUUCGUAUGGAGAGAGAAGCAGAAUACAGUACGCAACGUUCAAAGAAACAUUUAGACAGAUCUCCUUGGAAAGAACAAAUCUCUAUGUGGCCAUAAAAGACUGCCGCAGACUGAUCAGCCAUUUCAACGGGUUUCUGCACAUACUGGAGGGAAUACUGCUCUUUAUAGUAUUUACAAUAUCGAUGAAUCUAAAGAAUCUCUUCCUGCAGACUUUCUUUUCCUUUGUUCUUAUCAAUGCAGUGAUCCCAGGGAGCGUGAGUUUCUUUGAAAGUUUUAUUUUCCUGCUGAUCUCUCAUCCUUAUGACACAGGAGACAGAGUGUACAUCAGAGGAGAGAACAUGAUAGUCAACAAAGUGGGUCUUUUUUCGACGUGUUUCACCACAUGGGCAGGCGUGUACACGAUAAUACAGAACAGCGUGGUAAGCAAGUUCCCAGUGGUCAAUGUAAGGCGGUCUAUUUCGCAGUACUGGGCCAUAGAUCUACCAAUCAACAUAGAGUGCAGCAAUGAGGCAAUACUGAAACUGAAGAAAAGACUGCAGUGGUAUGUGCAGGAGGAGAAGAUGCUUUCAGGUUUGGUUUUUGCUCCUGUGUCAUUCAGCAACGGAAAUGCCGUGAACAUUCGCCUGCUGGUGCGAAAGAACUCGAAUUUCCAAAACGGCUUUUUUACGCUGACUAACUUCACGAAGUGCAUGGCAUGUAUUAUAAGAAUAGUAACAGAAGAAGGAUUGUACUAUAAGCCCCCCAUCGCAAGAAAGAAAGUAACCGAAGAGUUCCUAAAGUCAAUGAUAGAGGCGCAGAAAGACCUAGCGCAGAAAAUUAAAUAA